AUGUCCACCAUAGCUACCCUUCAGGCUCGACUGAAGGAGCUAUCAACUACACUAGGCCAGAUCCGGCCCUCAAUUGAUAAACUCCGCAACUUCACACCCGCCGAGAAGGGCGAUGAGGAGCGUGUCGAGCUCGGCGCGGAGAUCCAUGCAGGCCUGAAAGAUACCGAGGAUGAACUGGAGCUAUUACGGAUUGAAGUUGAGGCUCUUGACUCUGGCUCGGAUAAUAGGAGGAAACACUCUAUAGCGAGCGGGGAGAAAGAUGCAGAGAAAGAGCGUGUUGUGAUGAUGACCGGACGACUAGCGAAUGAUAUUAAAAAGGCUCGGGGAGAUUUUCGAAAUGCACAAUUAAAUGCUAAGCGACAGAGUGAGCUUACUAGACGGAAGGAGCGAGAAUUACUGCUUUCGAGAUCUCAGCCAUCUGAGCGUCAGGGGCGACCUUCUGAGAAGCUUACACAGGAUGAUUUGGUUCUCAAUGCGUCGAAUGAUGUGACGGCUGCUUUGCGCAGAACACAUCACUUGAUGCAGACUGAGUUGUCUCGAAGCCAGUUUGCACAAGAAACUCUCCAACAAUCAACUGCCGCCAUAUCUUCUCUCUCCGAAUCAUAUACCAGCCUCGAUACUCUCCUCGCUUCAUCACGCACCCUAGCCAACUCUCUUCUUCGCUCCCAAAAGUCCGAUACGUGGUAUCUCGAGACUGCGUUUUAUAUCCUUCUCGUGACGAUUGCGUGGUUAGUAUUUAGGCGAAUUCUCUACGGACCGCUUUGGUGGAUGGUCUGGCUGCCGUUCCAAUUUGCUUUCCGUGUUCUUUUUGCGGCUACGGGUAUUGUUGGUAUUUCGGGCAGUAAAGCGGUGCAGUCUUCGUUUAGUGCCAUUGCUGCGGAUGUUUCAACUGCUAUUCUGGAGAACGCGGUGCCAACCACGACAGCGGCAGGUGUGCCUGUUCACAGUGAUCAGGUCUCAGAAGAGGAGGAAGAUCGACUCAUCGAUAAAAUUGGGAAGAUGGUUGAAGAGGGAGAAGAGCAGGAAGAUAGAACUCUCGAUGAGAUAUUGGCUGAGGAGAAGCAGAAGGAGGAAAAAGCUCCUCGAAAUCCUAAGAAGCGUAUGAUGGAGGGAGAGCGAGAUGUUAUGCGGGAGGAACUUUAG